CUACUCGGCCUCGAUCCCCGACGCCUCCCAUGCCUUACCAUUCCAACAACAACCAUUAGACCAGCGGAUGUUAGAUUCCAUUGUAUCGUUUCGGCGCCGUUGAGCUCGUGCGUAGCCGCAGCACUCUCGCUCUCCCCCCCCCCAUUGCGGUCUCGACGUGCCGUCGUUUGUCACUUGAUCCUCUCGACCAGCACCGGCACCAGCACGCCGUGCACCGGCAAGCCGCCAGAAUGGCCAGCUUCCUCAAUAGACUCAAAAAUGCCUCUUCUGUCACUACUAGCACCGCGAACAAAGAUGUUGCCGUCAAGAAAAAAGAAAAAGAAGAGCUGCCCCCCGAGCUCACCCCAUUAGAAAAGAUGCUCCAAAACGCCGGCCCCCUACGUGACGAUGGCACCGAUCGCUUUUUCGGCUUGGAAAAUUUUGGCAACACUUGUUACUGCAAUUCCGUUGUCCAAGCGUUAUUCUACCAGGAAGCCUUCAGGCAACAUGUCGUCAACUACCCAUCACAUUCUCCCUCCGACACCCCGAACGGCGUGCGCCCCAAAGUCCAGGUGACCAUCCGACCACCCAUAAAAAAAGACGACGGCCAGAACCCGGCGAACAGGCAGAAAAUAAGCGCCGCAGAAGCCAUGAGGCGGCGUCAGGCCGCUAGCUUGCCGCCCCUGCCUGGUCAGCCCGGCGUCCGACCGGAGGAUCGACCAGACGCCCCCGAAUACAAGAAGAAGCAGGCCAUGAUGAAGGGGCCCGUUGUUGAGCUCAACCAGGAGAACCCCGACGCUUACGGCAUGACCGAAUGCACUUUCACCGGACUCAAAGACAUCUUCGGAGCUCUAAUGGAGAGCGAGAGCCUGACCGGUGUCCUGAGUCCCCAACGUUUUCUCGAGAUUUUCAAGCGAGACAACGAGAUGUUUCGUAACUCGAUGCACCAGGACGCCCACGAAUUCUACGGUCUCGUACUGAACGACGUCAUCGCCAACGUCGAAGCCAACGCCAGACGCCUGCAGGAGAAGGAGGAGGCCGCCAGCAAAAACGGACUCGUGCAGUCGGUUGAGCAUGCGCUCGACUCGCUCGACGCGGGGUCCUCAAGCCAGGCGACACAGGGCAACGGAAUCGCGACAAGGCCAUCCGGGACAUACGGGACGGGUUGGGUCCACGACAUAUUCGAAGGCGUGCUCACAUCGGAGACGAAGUGCCUGACGUGCGAGACGGCGUCGCAAAGGGACGAGACCUUCCUGGACCUCUCGAUCGACCUGGAGGAGCACGCGUCGGUGACGUCGUGCCUGCGCAAGUUCUCGGCCGAAGAGAUGCUGUGCGAGAGGAACAAGUUCCACUGCGACCACUGCGGCGGCCUGCAGGAGGCCGAGAAGCGCAUGAAGAUCAAGAGGCUCCCCAAGGUGAUGGCCCUCCACCUGAAGAGGUUCAAGUACACCGAAGACUACAGCCGGCUGCAGAAACUGUUCCAUCGGGUGGUCUACCCGUACCACCUGCGCAUGUUCAACACGACGGACGACGCCGAGGACCCGGACCGGCUGUACGAGCUCUACGCGGUCGUGGUCCACAUCGGGGGCAACGCCUACCACGGACACUACGUCUCGGUCAUCAAAACCAAAGACCGAGGGUGGCUGCUGUUCGACGACGAGAUGGUGGAACCCGUCGACAGGCACUUUGUGCGCAACUUCUUCGGGGACAAGCCGGGGACCGCGUGCGCCUACGUCCUGUUUUACCAGGAGACGACGUUCGAGAAGGUGCAGGCGGAGAUGGAAGCCGAAGGGUUGGAGGAGGUCAAGAUGGCCAACGAGGCGGCCAAUCUCGCGCACGAGAACGGACAGGCUGCCGUUAACGGAAACGGAAACGGAAACGGCAUACCCCUUUCGAAACAGACGUCGCAGCCUGUGAGCCCCGUGGAAGACCGAGACGCCGCCACUGUCAGCCUAGCGCACGCGCAGACGGCUCCUGGCCUGGUGGAAGUGGCCAAGGUGAAAUCUGCCGCGGUCGGUCCUCUACCGGAUCCGUCGACAACAUCGGUAUCGACGACUGCGGCGUCUGUUGCAGGGGGGCCCACGGAGACAACAGCGCGUUCCGACCCGCCAAAGACCAAAGAGGAGCGAAAGCGCGAGAAGAAGGAGCAGGAGGCGGCGGAGAAGGCGCGCAAGCUGGCCGAGAAAGAGAGGCGGAAACAAGAAGAGAAGAACCUCAAGGAAUCGAUACAGCGGAGACGAGAGCUCCGGCUGCAGGAGACCGAGGCGUUGCGGCAGGCCAUCGAGGAGAGCAAGAAGACGGCGGAAGAGGAGGACGGUGCGCGGAAGAUGACCGAGGAUGCCGUCAAGAGCCCGUUGUCCGCGGCGGGCCCGUCGUUGUUGACGAGCCCCGGCGGAUUCCUGAGCCGGGCGAACCGAGGGAGCAAAUCGAUGAUGACGAAGAGGAGCUUCGGCUUUCUCGCCAAGGACAAGGUCAAGGAUAAGGACCGGGGGGAGGUGCCGUCCGGGGAGAGCGGUUCCAAUGGCUCCGAGGGGCCGGGGCCGGGGCCGGGGCCGGGAAGCCAGACAGAACAGAAACUGAAGGACCGGUUCAGCUUCAGCCUGGGAAGGAAAAAGAGCACCAACAUGUUGUCAUAGCAUUAAGUUUCGGCGUUUCUAUGGACGGAAAAAGUCCCCCCUUUUUUCUCUUUUCUUUUCUUUUCUUUUUUCUUUCUUUUUUUAUUAUUAUUUCUUUCUUCUUUUAUUAUUAUUCCCUUGUCAACUUGCUAUAUAUUUCCUCCUCGACACAUAUACAUAGUUUAGGGGAGGAUUGUACGAUGGUGCCAAGGGGGAGACGACGCCGUCUCAGUUGGAAAUAUCCGAGACUAUCGUGGGUACCAUUCUGCAGUCGUCACCAAGCAAGGCCGAGGAGAUUUUGAGAGGCGCGGGUUACGAGUCGCUUGUGGAUAUGAUGAAGG